UAAUGAGCUGUUUGCUCGCUGUCAGUGUUUGUUCGCCCGCCUCUUCACUGCUCUGCUCUGCUCUGCUCGUCUCCUUCCCUGCUUGUGCUUGCUUGCUUUUUAUAAAGCCCUGCCCCGCCAUCCAUCCAUACUCGCUGGUGCACUGCUGCAGUCACACAGACAGACGCCAUCUCCUUCCUCCAUCCAAAACCAACAGCUGAUACUAGUGUGCAGUGCAGCCAAGAAGCUCUCCAUUGGACCUGCCCCGUCGCGAUGCUGAUGGGAUUCCCCAUGGGCUACUCGGAGAUGCCCAAGCUGGUGCUGCACCUGCUCUUCCUCCUGGGCCACCUGCGCCGCCUCUCCUCCUGGCUGCUCCGCCUAGCGGGCGCCUCCGCCGACGCCGACAGCUGGGCGUCGGCAUCCGACGCGGACCACCACCCGCGCCACCCCGCCGCCGCCCAGCGCCUGGAGGAGCACUCUCCGGCGGUGCGCUUCGACUCGCUGUCGUCUGGCGGUUCCUCCUCCGCAACUGCCGGCGAGGUGCCGCGGCCGCUCCCCGAGGGGUGCUGCGUCUGCCUGGGCGACUUCCACGCCGCCGCCGAGGUGCGCCGCGCCCGGGGCUGCCGCCACGUCUUCCACCGCGCCUGCCUCGACCGCUGGGCCGCGCACGGCCACCGCACCUGCCCGCUCUGCCGGACCCAGCUCCUCCCGCCGCCGCUGCUGCUCCCCCUGCCCCUGCCCCUCCCGCUGCCGCCAUCGUAGGGGAUCCGAAUUACCUCCUUCCUGCUGAGCCUUUGUGCAAAACAACCGCUCGACCCGCUUGACCAGGCCAGGUGGGUCUCUCUGGUUUGUUGUUAUUUUGGAAAAACCUCAGGGGGAUCCGUGUCAAAGUAUACUGCUCUGGGAAAAGCCCCCCCAAAAAGAGGAAAGAUGGUGAUAGACAAGUUUAACUUGGUAAUUAGGGAAAAGUUAAAUAGAAAGACUACUUAUCACGUAGAGUAGAUAGAGCAAGUUGCCAAGAGAUGUGGCUCUGCUCAUUUUCCUUUUCUAAUUAUUUUUAUUUUCUAAUUUCUGUUUUUGUUCUUUCCUCUCCACUGUUGGUGGGUGGAGAUGAUACAUAACAUACAAUACGGGCGUAUCCUGAUUUCACUGUUUUGUGGGUCAGAUUUUACUGUUGGAGUGGAUGGAGAUAGCCAAUAGGGAUGGCUUUUUAGUUAUUAUUACUUUAUACCUGGAUGAAUUUGUAUGUUGGUUGUGGUAUAUUGGUAAUCUGGUAUGCACGUUCAGAUAAUUGUGCAGCU